CGGACUACAUCUCCCAUGAACCCUUGCGGGCGGCGGGCGCGUUCCCCGGAUGCUGCUCCCUCCCCUUAUGGUGGGGCGGCGUGCCUCGCGCCUGUGCUCAGUGUGCGGGAUCCCGGACAGACAAGCAAGUGUCUCGAGCAGCUCAUUCAGCUCUGCAGUCCAGCUCCCCGAUCUUCACAAGCCGACAAAAUGACCUCCGGCGUGACCGUGACGGACGACGUCAUCAUGGUGUUCAACGAGAUGAAGGUGCGCAAGGCGCAGGCGGGCGAGGAGGAGAAGCGGCGGAGGAAGAAGGCGGUGCUCUUCUGCCUCAGCGAGGACAAGAAGCACAUCGUGCUGGAGGAGGGGCGCGAGAUCCUGCUGGGCGAGGUGGGCACCACCAUCGACGACCCCUACCUGCACUUCGUCAAGAUGCUGCCCCCCGACGACUGUCGCUACGCGCUGUACGACGCCACGUACGAGACCAAGGAGACCAAGAAGGAGGACCUGGUCUUCAUCUUCUGGUGAGGGGGGGCGGUGUGUACCUGGCG